AAAGGUCCCUUUCUCCCGGGACCAGCUAACUUUUCCCUUUCCAUUGUCGCCUGCGCCUUUGUCCGUGUCCCUUCACCCAUCUGCCUUACUUCCGGUUACGUCCGCACCGCUCCCUAAUCACGACACCCCAUACACGCCCGCCAGGCAGCCAUGCCGGCCACCGACUACGACGUGCGCGCCCUUGCCCUGCCGCUCGACGACGAAGAAACAGGCAACACCCCAAUAUGGAGCCGCCGCUCCCAGUCCUCCACCUUUAGGCGCAACGCCUCGCAUCACAGCCAGCACAGCACCACAUGGCGCCAGCGCGCAAUGACAAAGUACGACAAGGCCUCGCGCCGCCUCAUGGACCAGUACAACAAGCUGUCUCCCCUCCAGAAGGCGCUGCUUAUUGUCGGAAACAUCGUCUUGGCAGUCGGCGGCAUCCUGUUCUUAGUGUACAAUGAGCGCAUCUUCGGCGCCCUGCUACCAAUGGCCAAGAAAUGGAGAGACAUUACCGCCGGCUGGCUCAUACUCUGGGCCCUGAUCUUCGUCGUCUCCUUCCCCCCGUUGAUCGGGUACUCGAGUCUCCUCACCAUUGCCGGCUUCGUCUACGGCUUUCCAAAUGGAUGGUUCAUAGCAGCCACGGCCACGAUUGCCGGCAGCACGGCAUCCUUUCUCCUUUCACGCACCCUCCUCAAAUCCAUGGUCCAUCGCCUUGUCGCAAACGACACGCGCUUCGCCGCUCUCUCCCUGACCCUCAAGCACGAUGGCAUCAAACUCCUCGUCAUGUACCGCCUAUGCCCACUGCCAUACUCCAUCUCCAACGGUGCCGUUGCCACCUUUCCCACGGUGCACUGGGCCUCGUAUGCCCUCGCCACUGCCAUUGUAUCCCCUAAACUCAUGCUCCACAUCUUCAUUGGCAGCCAGUUGGAAAAGAUUGCCGAGAGCGGUGGCAAGAUGGACCCAAAGACAAAGGCCCUCUCCUACAUGUCCAUCAUCAUUGGUCUUAUUGCAGGUGUCACCACGGGCUGGCUUGUAUACCGCAAGACCAAGGCGCGCGCCGCCCAGCUAGAAGCCGAAGAGCGCGCCGGCAUCCGACGCGUGAGUAUCGACGACUUGGAAAACGAGUAUGCAGAUGACCCAGCAGCGCUGGAAGCUGCCGAGCGACUACGAGAAGACGAUGACGACAUUAGUCUGCGAACAACGUGGGACGAGUAUCACGACGAGCCCCCUGAGACGGGCGAUGCCGUUGAAAUCGGCGACGACCCGUUCAAAGAUGAGGAGGAUGUGGCUGAGGAACAAGACCAAAAUCAAAGCGCCCAGAAAUAACCAUCUGUUUUGUUUGUUUUGACAUGGAAUGACAGGUGAUGUACUUGAAUCAAGCCGUGUUUGCAUUUGUUUAGACCAUAGAUGUGGGCGGGAGGCGGCGCAUUAAUCAGUCAUUUGAUAAUCGGCGCUCUGACAUGUAUUAUGUACUGAUUUCUGAACUGGAUAAAAUAAA